AUGCGACCCGCGAGAACCCCCGCAGCCGAAUGCGUCGGGUUUCAAUUCUGUCAUGUCCAAAGUCAAUGUUUUCCAACCCCACCAGGAACACGUCCGAGGUCCCAAGUCAGAGCACGAGCUCAAUGCCCAAACAGGAAAUCUCGCCAGCGCCAGUGUUCGAGUUUCCCGCAACGGCCUGUCCCAUUUGGCUUGGGAUCGUGCAUUCAAGUAUGA